AGAUAGGUACCAGUACCAGCAGGGGACCUCUAUAUAAAGGCUUACAUAGUUUAGAAGAACCAGCAGUUGCUGGUUUUUAGUAUCCCGGUCUUACAAACAGAGGAGUGGAACACAUUGAAGGACACAAAUAAUCAUGUCUCACGCUUGGGGUUAUGGACCACAUGACGGGCCAGAAAAGUGGGCAGAAAGCUUUCCCAUUGCAAACGGACCCAGGCAGUCUCCCAUUGAUAUCGUACCCACCCAAGCACAACAUGACCAUUCUCUGAAGCACCUCAAAUUGAAGUAUGACCCCGCCACCGCUAAGGGCAUCCUCAACAAUGGCCAUUCAUUCCAAGUGGAUUUCGUCGAUGACGACAACAGCUCAACUCUGGCUGGAGGUCCCAUCUCGGGGAUAUACAGGUUGAGACAGUUCCAUUUUCACUGGGGAAGCAGUGAUGACAAGGGCUCAGAGCACACUAUUGCUGGAACCAAGUUCCCCUGUGAGCUUCAUCUCGUUCACUGGAACACUAAGUACCCAAACUUUGGCGAAGCUGCCAGUAAGCCUGAUGGCCUUGCUGUGGUUGGAGUUUUUCUCAAGAUUGGUUCUGCAAAUCCGAGACUUCAGAAAGUUCUAGAUGCUCUUGAUGACAUCAGAUCAAAGGGCAGACAGACUACAUUUUCCAACUUUGAUCCUAAAACCUUGCUGCCCGCCUCUCUGGAUUACUGGACUUACGAGGGGUCUCUGACCACACCUCCUCUGCUGGAGAGUGUCACCUGGAUUGUUCUGAAAGACCCAAUCAGCGUUAGUCCUGCUCAGAUGGCCAAGUUCCGUAGCCUGUUGUUCACAUCUGAAGGAGAAGCACCUUGCUGCAUGGUUGACAACUACAGACCCCCUCAACCUCUCAAGGGACGCAAAGUCCGUGCAUCCUUCAAGUAAACAGCAGUACCGAUGCCACAACCCUCCCACUGCCGUCGGAUCAUGGUGCUUUUGACUGGUUCACAAAAACAUUCCCAGUGAAACUACUACAGAAAUAUCACAUAGUAUGUGUUCUCAAUCCAGACCCUUUCUUACAUUGCAGUGUUGAUAUGAGAAAGCUGGAUCUGAUCUUCUUAAACUGUCUAUUUUUGCUUAUAUUGUUACUUAAUAUGAGAAAUAGUAUUUAAAAUGCUUGAAUACUCAGUGCUUAAUAACAGUGGCAGCCCCAGCUGUAGAAACUUUCCUUGCAGUUUUUGUGUAAACUGGACAAAUGGGAGACUAUUAGUAUAUCCCAGUCCAUCUUUGAUCGCUCCACUUUGCGCUUUCUUUGCACUAUACGCCAUGUUAUUCAAUAGGAAAGACAUCAUGGUUCUUCUUGUGUUUAUGGCAAUAGGUGAAUAUCAGUUAAAUGUGUAACUGAGCGGAUGUGUUGAAGCUAAAAUGCCUGCAGGAAAGCACUUCCUAACAGCAAUAUGUUGUUGUUAAAGUGAUUCAUUAUUUAUCAAAAGGCAUUUGAAGGGAUUAGCUUUUAUAAUUGUUUCUGAGAAUGUUGUACCAUGAUGUUCUGCCAUAGAUUCCAUGAUUUAUAUUUUUCAGAAUUAAAUUGAGCAGUAUUGUGAACAAAUAUUAUAUGUAAAUCAGUCAUAUAUUAGGAAUUUUACCAGCAAUAAAUGAAUAUAUUUUAAACUAUA